ACCCGCCGAGACUUCGUCACUGAAACCCGAAUCUUAAACGACGAAUAAACCAGAGGAAAAAGAUUUAACGCAGUUGCUGUAGCCUGUAUCUCUCUGUGCCUUUCGACACCGCUUGGUAGAGAAGCAAACAGUAAACCCAUUUCCUUUCACCAGCUAAACCAGAGAGAUCCGAAUUCAUACCGGUCACUCGGAUCCAGCAAAAAUGAAUAUAUUCAGAUUAGCGGGCGACAUGACCCACCUGGCCAGCGUCCUCGUCUUGCUCCUCAAGAUCCACACUAUCAAAUCGUGCGCCGGUAUUUCUUUGAAGACUCAAGAACUUUAUGCCAUUGUUUUUGCUACUCGCUACCUGGACAUUUUCACCGACUUUAUAUCUCUGUAUAAUACCUUCAUGAAGUUGAUAUUCUUGGGGAGCUCAUUUUCAAUUGUUUGGUACAUUAGGGAGCACAAGAUUGUUCGCAGAUCUUAUGAUAAAGACCAAGACACCUUCCGCCAUGUGUUUCUUUUGCUGCCAUGUGUGUUCUUAGCCCUAAUAAUCAAUGAGAAAUUCACCGUCAAGGAGGUCUUGUGGACAUUUUCGUUAUAUUUAGAAGCUGUUGCUAUACUUCCUCAGCUUGUGCUGUUGCAGAGAACGAGAAACAUUGACAAUUUGACAGGCCAAUAUGUGUUACUUCUUGGUGCAUACCGAGCUUUAUACAUUCUCAACUGGAUUUACCGCUACUUUACCGAACCACACUAUGUUUAUUGGAUACCGUGGAUUUCCGGGCUUGUUCAAACACUGCUGUAUGCCGACUUCUUCUACUAUUAUUUCCACAGCUGGAAAAACAACAAAAAGCUCCAGUUACCGGCUUGAGUUCUCAGCCACCCCUUACGCAGGCUUAGUUUUUCAUCCAUUUCCUUAUGCAAAAGGAUCACAUACGUUGCUCGGGAAAUGCUCAUUAUCAUCGGACUUUCAAAACUCUGUAUAUUUUUUCCGUCUUACAUGGUUUCUCAAAGCAACUGUUUUCGGUAUCUAGGAACGUAUACUUCUCAGAAUAUAAUGUUUUCUGAAUCAUAAUAUAUUAUACUUCUCAGAA